AUGGCUGCUUCUGUUGAACUUCUCUCUCUGCAAUCCUAUAAAUCCCUCAGCCAUCCAACCCACGAAAUUCAUCCAAAUCUGAAAAGCUCUUUCUCCCUCAACCCUGAAUUCGUCUUUGCCCAAUCUAGCGAUGGCCUCCAUAGCUCUUUCUUCCUCUGCCAAGCCGCUCACUUUCCAGGUCCUCGACCAAAUCCAAGGAAACAAGCUGAUCCAGCUUCUCAAUCAACCUCCAAAAUUCUAUUAGAAAUCCAAUUAUUAACCGUCAGACUUUGGAGACUCUCCAAAGGAUGUGGGAACUGUGUUAAUGUCUACGAUGACAUUGACCUAGGAGGUGUGGCUUCUGGAGUUUCUGGAGGGCUCCGUCACCCUUAUUCUCCAAAAGGCAUGGUGCUGAGUGUUGGAGAGAAUGAGAGAAUGUUUAGAGCUCUUACAUGUUGCCGAGACAUCAGUUUCUUCUUAGUUCUUCCAUUUAUACAUCUCCCCUGGAGAAGGAAAACUUUAUCGGAAAUUUUGAGACCAGCAACGAAUGCAAAGGCUUUGGGUUUAUUGAGUGACCUUCUAUUUUCCAGGAGCUAUGAAUGA